AUGGCGCAUCACAAGAUCUUCUUGCGCUUCCUCUACCGGUCCAUCUACCUCUUCCUCUACGUGGUGCUCUGCGGCUUGCUGCUCAUCACGCCGGGCGACACCAUUCAGCGGUCCGUCGUCAACAGGCAGUGGUACAACAUCUGGAUCAUUGCGUCGGGCUAUGUCAUCACCACCCUGGUCGUCGCCUUUGUCUACAUCGUGCGGCUGUACGUGAACCGGACGGUGCUGGCGUCGAUACCGAAAUCGUGGGUUCCCGUCGAUAAGGGCGAUGUGAAGGAGGCGGUCCAUAAGGUGAUUGCCGCCGGGCUGAGCAGGAGCUCGGCCAUUGCGUAUGCGGCGCGGCCGCGGGUCGACGAGGAGAUGAUGGGAGACGACGUGCACGACGAAGACUACGAGGACGAGGCGCGGAUGCGGGCGAAGCUGGAGGAGUGGAACGAGCAGGCGCUGGGCCGCGACGAGCCGAUUCCCAUGCCGCCGCAUCGCCCCGUCUGGGGCGUCAUCGAGCACUGCGGCUGGGCGUCCCCCAACUCGCCGGAUCUCGCCAACCUGCAGUACAACAACGUCAUCUCGGAGAUGCCGAAUCUCAUCGAGGCGCAAGCGCUGCGGCUUGCGCCGCCGGACCCGACAUCGCAAUCCGAUCCCCCGAUGCUCGAUCCCGAGGCUGCGGAGCUGCUGCAGCGGCUGCCCAGCAUGAGCCUUCGAGACUACAUUGGGCAUCUUGCCAGCUUGGGCGUUGCCGUCAUGGACGAAACGGUGGUGGACUUUUUGGCGCGCUACGAAGCGGCUCGCUUCUCGACGAAGCCCGUCUGCAAUGCCGAGUUCCGCGAGCUGCUGCAUCUAUUUGCGGAAAUCCUGCGAUCGAUACAGCCGUUGGAUCCUGCAGUCCUGGAUCACCUGAGGAGCAUUGUGGGCAUGGCGUCCCGCAACGCCAGCAACAGCAGCGGGCUCGCGCAGCUGCGGCGCACGUACACUUCCAGCCAGCGCUCGUCGGCCGACAGCGCGCGGUCCAAGUCGUCGGACGGCUCCGGUUCCGUCAUCCGGUUGGCCGAUGAUGGAGACGCAGGAGAUUUGCCGUAUAUCCUCUCCUUGACGGAUUCGACGGCGACGAGGUACUAG